AUGGCCCCAUCACCCCAAACCCCGACUAACGCCGUGCAGGACACGCGCACAGGCACAGAUCCCAUGCAAAUCUUCCCCUUCGACAUCAAGACCCUCAUCUUCGAAGACUUCUCCGUCACCGAUCUCGGUCGGUCCCAGUGCGUAAACCAACCCUGGCAAGCGUCCGUCCGCGAAUGGAUCGCCGCGCGGGGGCUGAAGAAGCAUUUCCCUUGUGAUUGGGCCAGGGUGACCGAUAAUGGUAAUGCAGAUAGGAAGGAUCCCAAAUAUGCCGACGUCACGGCAAAGGAGUUCACUGCAUGCGCCGCCGAAGACGCGCGAUUCGAGAGCUGGACCUCCGCGCGCGCUGCUAGCUGGGCUGAGUACAAGCCCGAGAGUCAUCGGCAUUUCUGCGCCAGCGAGCGGUACUACGCGUGGGUUGACAACGGGUCGAUUUUCUGGCAGCAGGCGGGAUAUCAACGGGCUGGAGCCGGACAGAGGAUGCCCCACGACAUAAGGAAGGUACCCGUGCCAAUCCACGCAGCGGGUGUUGAGCGCCUGCUGGUCUCGCCCACGGGCAUUGUGAUUCUGACCGAGAAGAAUCUGUGUGGAGAGAUCGAGGUAAAGGCGAUCGACCUGCACAGCGGGAAGAAACUGUGGACGGGCGAAGGCAAGUCCUUUUCACCCGCAAUCCUCAAAGGUCGACCUGGCCAGAGUCCGCAGGACGGUAUGACGCUGGGGUGGGAAACGUUCUGCCUUUUCGGCGCGAAGGCAACUCAGCUCAGGGUGUACGAUCUCCGCACAGGCAAAUGGCUGCGUGACCAUUCCCUACCGGCAUACAGUGUACAGGAAGGAGCCGUACAAGCGAAGAUCCAGAUCCACAAGCUCGCAGGUAAAGAGACUAUAAUCUGCUGGGGUGAGAUCAUCCAGAACCGCAAUCGAAUGACCCAGAUCCUGUUCUUCGAUGCCGCCACCGGGUCACGCACGCAAGACAUCAGAACGCAGGUCCAGGCUAGCUCAGCAGAUAUAAAGCUGCAGUUCUCGACGAAGCGGCACGACCUCACCUUCGCAAUUCUCAGCAUCAGCCGGGCCGUCGUGAUGGUCAAAUACUUUGCCCCAGGCGCGGACGGCAAAUACGAGGAGACGACAACGGACGCGCUCUCAAUCGGCAUCGAUAACCUAGGCAGCAUCACAAGCUUCGACAGUCUAGCCGUUGAUCCCUUCCGCGGCUUCGUUGCUGGCACGACGAGCUUGGCCAAUGUGCUUGUUCUCUGCCGCAUCAAGCCUUCGGCUUUAACGGGGAACAGGGCGUUGAGGACAGAGGCGGGGCUAAUGCUAAGACUCGCAGACUCUUCGGAUGCAGGUCGUAGGUUAUCGGGCUCCAUUGAGGACGUUGACGGAACGAGGGUCGGGAUUUGUCCGGGCCUGGUGGCGAAGGGGAUGGUUGCAUUGAGGGAUAGGCUGGUUGUGCGCUGUGAGGAGAGCGACGGGCGUGGGGAGCCGGUGUUUGUGGUUUUCGAGUUUGGAUUUUCUGGGAUGGGUGAUGACUUGACUACCGAGCAGGGGGAGUACUCUCAGGUUUUUGCGUAG